UGUAAAGUAAACUGCGGGUGGUAAUGGCUAUCGAAUGUUGACAGGGAGACAAGGAUGGAGGACCACUGAAGCUGUUGCUGGCUUGGCCUUAACUUUACCGUCCAUCUGAAAGAUGGAUCGCAGUAAUGGCUCCCCACAAAACAGCAGCGUAGCCAUUUCUUAUUGUUGGUGAAUUGUUUUUGCUUUUCAGAUCCGCAGAAAAGAAUAAAGAUCUCCAUAUGGUCCAAAAAGGUUCAACGCUGCAGAGAAAGAAUGGUUGGUACACAUGGACGCCGUGCUGAGUGAAGGGGUAAGAGCAGAGAUUGUCGAAUACCUGUACGUCCUCCCCCCUGUUGAGUUGGCAAGGACAAAAGCACUGUUCUAGCAACCUCUUUCUGUCCGUCAAAAGUUGCUUUCUUGCCAGUCCUUUCAGUAUCUCCUGUAAAAACGCCAACCGUCGUAGUGUCAUACUUACCUAGAUAGCCAUCCCCAAGAAAGGAGAAGGACCUUGGGAGUCGAUACCUUCACCCGGCAGCAUUAUCUUCUUCUUCCUCCUCAUUCUAUCUCUUUCUUAGCACGGCCAUAACCUCUGCUCUUCCUUCCUGCGUUUUGAGAUGGCUCCAAAACUCACUACCACCACUUCACUUCUCAACGUCUGCUUCCUUCUCUUUGCUGUUUCUUUCUUGACUUUUGCCUUCUCUCUAUCAGUACUACAACACAAAAUGAACGCAGACACUGCUGAUGUGACCACCCAACUCCCACAAAAUCACCCUGUCGACCAAGGCUCUCAAGGCCACACACAGGAAACUGAUGGUGGUAACAGAAAGGGAAGGAGAAUACUGAUCGGUUCCACUGCACCAAUCUGCACAUACAACGAAUGCAGAGGCUGCAAAACCAGAUGCAGAGCUGAGCAAGUUCCUGUGGAUGCCAACGAUCCCAUCAACAGCGCAUACCGUUACAGAUGUGUCUGUCAAAGAAGGUGAAAAAGUAGAAAGCAGCAAAUUCCAUGCGUACUCGAAUACAGUUUUGCCUAUAUUUGCUGUCAAACGGACAAGUGAUAGUUAUUUUUCUUUGGACUUUUUUUUUUCUUUCCUUUUCCAUUUACCAGCAUCAUAUCACAGAGAUCAAAAAAUAAAGCGUUGGUAGUGGAAAUAAUGCAAGGGAAAUGUACGGUGGUUCUAAAAGAAAUCUACCAAUCAAGCAGCCACCAGUGGUUUACUUUA